AUGGUCGUAUCAACACCAUCUCCAUCCAGCAAUGAGAACUCAGAGAAACCGCCGGCGAGUCCAGCCCAGAAUCCCAACAACCAUGGCGCAGACACCAAUCUCCGACGCAUGCUAUCCACCCGCCACAUCACCAUGAUCGCGCUCGGCUCGUCCAUCGGGCUCGGGGUGUGGCUUGGGAGCGGUACAUCGCUGCGCAACGGCGGGCCAGCAGCGAUGUUGAUCGGGUAUUUCCUGGCCGGGUCGAUGGCGUGGUCGGUGAACCAGGCGAUUGGCGAGAUGGCGGUUCUGUAUCCGAUUCCGAGCGCGUUUGUGCAGUGGUCGAGUAUGUUUGUGUGUCCGUCUGUGGGGUUUGCGGUGGGUUGGGCGUCGUGGUUUGGGUCGUUUAUUAAUAUUGCGAAUGAGUUGCAGGGCGCUGCGACGGUGCUGCAUUUCUGGACGGAUAGAGUGCCGACUGCGGCGUGGGUUAGUAUCUUCUGGGUUGUUAUCGUCCUGGUCAAUGCAUGGACAGUCAAGUUCUUCGGCGAGGUGGAGGUCGUCAGCUCGACGAUUAAAUUCGGGUGGAUGUUCAUCGUUGUCAUCUCAUUAAUCGUUGUAUCCGCCGGCGGCGCCCCAACCCACAAGACAACAGGCUUCGAAUACUGGAACGCCACGCCCUUCACAAACGGCUUCAAGGGUUUUCUCAAUGUAAUGCCGACCUGUAUAUUCGCCAUGUCAGGCUCUGAACUCGCCGCCAUGGCCGCCGCAGAGACCCGCGACCCUCGCAAAUCGGUCCCUACAGCCGUGCGCUCAAUCUGGAUGCGCCUGGGGCUCUUUUAUAUCCUCGGCGCGCUUGCACUAUCUAUAACCGUUUCCCCGCAGGACCCGAACCUGUUUGGUGCCGACGGCAGCAAUAACUCCCCUUUUGUCCUUGCGUAUCAGAACGCAGGGAUACCUGUGCUGGCACACAUGACGAACGCAGUCAUCUUCCUCUCCGUUCUCUCGUCAGGCAGUAUCUCGGGUUUCAAUGGCUCGCGCGUCUUGGUCGGACUGUCCCAUCUGCAUAUCGCUCCAAAGAUCUUCAGCCACGCGGACUCCCUCGGCCGCCCGCUAGCAGGCCUAGGCAUAACCCUCCUCGGCGGCAGCCUCGCAUACCUCAACGUCUCAAACAGCGGCGCCGAGGUGUUCACCUGGCUAUCGAAUCUAACCUCGCUCUUCGAGCUCUUCAAAUGGGGCGCCCUCUGCGCCUCGCAUCUGCGGAUGCGAUAUGCUUGGCGAUUGCAGGGGCGUGCGGACUCCGAGCUCCCCUGGCGCUCGGGGUCGUAUCCGUAUGCGUCUUGGUGGGCGUUGGUCUGGUGUGUUGUGUUGAUAGUUGUGGAGUUUUAUUUGGCGGUUUGGCCGUUGGGUAGGGAGGCGAGUGCGAAAUAUUUCUUUGCGAAUUAUGUUAGUGCGGUCCUGGUUGUGGGUGUUUAUUUUGGGGCGAGGGUCUGGUAUAGGGGGGGUUGGUGGGUGGAUUUGGCGGUGGUGGAUUUGGAUAAGAAGAGGAGGUUUUAUCAUUAA